AGCAACAACCUAUAUCGGUAUUUUGGAACUGCGGAAAAUGGCUGUGGCCUAAAAGGAUCAAGUUCGGUGAUCUUGUUAGCAGGCACUGAUCUUGCAUAGCUUAUCGUAAAAGUAUGACAUCUAUUGAAAUACGUUAGCAUCGAUGGAUGUAGUACAGAGUGCAGUUUUACAUCGUAAAGGAAAGAAGUGGAAAUCAAGAUGGGCAGUUCUAAGGAAAAAUGCUGCGGUUGCAGACCCAUUUGUUGCUGUCACAUUAAAUCUUUAUAAAGAUGCAAAUCAUGCUGUCAGUAAGCAGCACAAACGAAUUCUUCCUUUGUGGAAAUAUGCUGGGUGUAUUACUGUUGACAAGCUUGAUAAAGUUGAGAAUGUUUUGGUGAUUUUCACUGAAAAUAGUACAAUUGUAUUUGGGUUUGAUGGAAGUUCAAUUCUGCGCCAGUGGUAUGAAGCUUUUCAUUCCCAAUUCGGCAAAGAAACGACAUUUCCAAUAAGCAUUCCUGCCAAACAAAAGCUCCGAGCUGGUGAAGCUAAAUUGCUGUUAUAUAGUGACUUUUUCUCGAUUAUACACAACAAAACAUUUCGAUGCGUAGGCCGUUUCAACAUUCAAGAGCUGUAUGGGUUUGCGACUAUUGAAGGCGACUUCCUCUUCGAGGUUCACCGAUCGCGGGCGACCAAAGGACAUGGGUACCCAAAAGGAUACUCAAACACGUUCCGAUUAAAAACGAGAUACAGUGAAGAUAUUGUUCAAGUUCUGGAGUACAUCAAAGGAGAAUACGAAUCAGGUUUAAAAGGACCAUUGCAAACUCAGUUUGAUACCGGGUCUGGGUCCAUACUGGAUAUGGAAAGAGAAAGGCGGAACACUAUUGAUUCAGAUCAGAGUUUCUUUCAAAGAGCCCUGUUACGAGUAAGUAACCGGUUUAGAAAACACAGACGAAAUCGGGCUGCUACUGUCAGCGAACAAAGCAAUUCACGUCGGCAGCGAAUAGAACAGUUGAACCAAGCAGUCCUGUCGAAAGAAAAUGGUUCUACACACGAGGUUGAGCGAGUUUCAAAUGACACUUCGAAUGCAGCUGGUGACUUUCAAAACGAGGCUAGCGUGAAACGAGGCAAUGAAAAAGUAAGAAGUAAUUCAUACGGAGAUUUUGGUAGUGAUCCUGGGCGCCGACCACGUGUUAAGGCACAAAAUAGAAAGGAAGUUGGUACUGAAAGCAUUUCUUCUGUUCAGUCUUCUGGAAUUAGAACUGCAACGCCAAGAAGAAACUUGAGCUCUUCUGCAAUACCAACCGGGCGAACAAAAACAAGUGCCGGAUCAGUUUCUGGCGUUUCCAUCGGGAGCCGGGGGGUUAGUACAUGUUCGGACGUCUUUCCGGAAGACGAUGUUUCCGAACCUCGUGAUCAGAGGAAUGCAAAGCUGCAUGGCCCACCAGUCGCACCACCUCGGUCGCCAAUUAGCUUAGGAAUAUUCGAGUUUCCUGAUGCAAAUGGAACAUUGGCUGAAGAGGAAUGUGAUUAUUUAAAUGAUAAAGGGCUUGAUAUGUUGACCAGACGUGAAUCUCCAAGUCCGAAAAUUGCUCCCGAAAUUGUUUACAGAAAGAAGGCAGAGGAGACAAGUCUGCUGGAUGAGAUUGAUCGUGAAAUUAAACGAAGGACACGGGAAGAAGAGUCAAUCGGUAAUGCGCCGUCGACGCCAUUGUCGCAAACUUCAUUUGAUGGGCCUAGUCAAUAUGAUCGCUAUGACAACGAUGAAAAGGAGGCUUAUGUUAUGCUUAGAACAACUGAUCUCGGGCCAACGGUGAGCACACAUCCCGACAUCAUAGAUGGUAACACUGGGCAGGUUCAAAGCACGGAAAUGGGCCCUGUUGGUACAGCAGAAAAUCAUCUCGAAAAUUCGAGUGCUGUUUUGAGCAUAGUUAAAAAACCGGAUGGAAUCCCUAUUUCUGAUAUGAAUUCGGAUCCAGGCGUGCAUUCUCCAAACAAAGUUGAUCACAGUGAGCCAUCGUCGAAUUAUCAGAACGUUUCAGAAGUCGUUGUUGGGGCGAAGGACAACGUGGCGUCGAAAGGACGACGGAAUUCUUCACGCCGAUCGUCGUCUAAGCAUUUAUCUGACCCCCUGCUGACGGAACGUCUCGCCAACAUCCAACAAAAAUGGCAAGGGCAGUCGGAUAAUGUGGCAAGCUCUUUACGCGAGUUGCCGCACGAGGAGAUGACUUAUGUCAAUGUGGAAGGACAAAAUAAUAACGAGAACGAAUCUUCGUACGUUAAUGUCAGCUCGGAGGGUCCGGCGACGCGAAAACCUCGCAAGAAUAAGCCAGCGCCGUUGAAUAUUAAUUUCGAUAAGUAUGACGAUGAUGAUAAAAUUUAUCAUGAUGUUGGUCCGUUGAUGGGCGGGGAGAGGAGCGGCAGUAGCGAGGCAGUAACAUACAGAAACAUUGGCGUUGGCUCUUACGAAAAUCUUGCUGGUCGAGCAGUGCGCAAUCGAGCCUACGUGAAUGUGCCUUCGCCUUCGCAAAAUAAAUUGCUCAAUUAUGUACUAGUUGGCGGCUCGAAAGGGGGCUUACCCUCGUCUUCUAGCCGGACGAACAGAUCAGAUUCUUUGAAUUCUUUGAGCUCAGAUAAAAGCCAGUAUAGCAUGAUCGAUGAAAAAGCGACAUCGUUAUUACAGCGGACGCGAGAGCAGCAUUGGCAGCGGCGCGAGGAAGACGGUCAAGCCAAAUUAAAAAAGACGAAGAAAAGCCAGGGCGAAUGAUUAACUCUCUUUUUCACGUACCCGUUUGCAUGCUAGGCCGGAAAUGUAGAUGACAAAGUCUUCUCACCUUGACUAUGACGGAGACUUCCCGUCAUGCAUUUCUUGAAAACAGUAGAUUCAACAUUUGCUUUAUCCUUUAGUCGUUAAAUUCUAAUCAAUGGCAGGGACGAUGAAAGUUUCUACUAUAACCCCCUUUUUGUUAUUGUAUUGCCUUUUCUGUUAAACAAGAUUCGACCACAAGCAUUGAAGCGGACUGUUGUUAGAACUUCAUGUCCUUUUCUCGAUCUUUCAUUCUUUCAUCUUCAAUUUUUGUCUUCUUUCACUAAAAUUGAGUUUUAUGAUUAGUUUGGGACUAGUGAUAAGAAAUAGAGUCACCUCAAGCUCUCGUCGUGCAUUUUGACAAGUAGCCUCAUCAAUCAUUGUAUUUUCCUUUGUGGCUGUAAAGAUCCCUAAACGUCACACGAUUGCAAUUACCACCAUAACAUGGCUUUCAGGUUAAAGUUUAGAACCCCCCCCCCUCCCCCAGUACUAUUUUCUCAUUUCUUUUGUUACUUUCGCGUGAUUUGAUUAUUAAAUAUUCGUUAACUACAGACUGUCUUUCGUAUUGGCUUGCCAAUUAUAAUUUUAAAGACAGCGCAUUUUGUCUAAAACACGACUUUAUUCAGAUUUUUUUCACUGAACUGAAAAAUUAACAGGAUUAAAAAGAACAAGAUUUUUCACUAGAUUGCAAGAUUGCUUGAAAACAUAUUUCUCCUGAUUUUUUUAGAGCUACUUCGUAACUAAGUGGAGCUAUCCAUUCUCGGCUUGCGGUCUCUCCAUCCUCCCACUUGCUUAACAAAGGUUCUGAAGAGUCUCCAUAAUAUCCCCAACUUAAUGAUACUUGUAACAACUCGGAAUGUUUUUAAUUCGCUCAUUCUUUUUGUUUGCCAUUUUAGCUGCUAGUUUCUUCAACCCCUGUUUCCCUGUGUCUUAGCCUGCGUGAAUUUUGUCCAAUCACCUCCUCCGCAACCACAUUUUUGUUUUGGUGGCAUUUUUAGACAUAGAGUAGUGCAUUUUGUAAUCUCACUUCAGGCCCUUUAGUUCUAGACUAUUUUCCCACUGAAUAGAGACUUAUGUUUUUUGAGUGGCGACUAAGAUGAACACUUAAAUUUGAAUAAAAUAUAUAUUAUUUGCAUGAUUGCAAUGCGUUUUAGAGCAUAAUUUGGUAACUUUUUUAGAUUUUGGGUAGAAGCAAAGAUUAAAUGAAAUGUAUUAUUAUCGUUACGUAUUUUUAUACGUGGAUUUUUAAGUUUUGCAAGCAGAAUUUCGUACGGUUAAUUUCGCAA